AUCAUUUCCAUUAAGUUAGUGGGUGUUUGAGUUUGUUUUUGGAGUUGGACUUGAUUUCUAUUGAGCAUACCAGACUGAUAUCUUGACCAGUCAUCCGGGAAGAAGAAGGAAUCAACAUAAGUGGGUGCUUUCUUCAAAGCUCAAACAAAUUGAAGUGCUAGCUUCUGUACACGUCUGCAGCUCUAUGGGAUUAUCGCUUUCUUUACUCUUAUCAGCCUGGGAAGAGAUUGUUCGACAUUCAUUAUUUGGUCUCUCUUUCAACUUCGGUUUUGCUUCCAGAGAUGGGGCUAAGAUUCUAAGAUCAAGCAGCAGCUUAAAGAAAAAAGAAUCAGACAUCACCAGAAAUUCAAGCAAGUUGAAGGAUCACAGACCUGAAAAUGUAAUUCUUGAAGGAAAUCGUUCAAGUAUUGAGGAGAACACAAGUUCUGAUUGUCUACCAAGAAAAACUGUGCCUAUAUUGUCUCUCCCUGAGGAAGUAAUUUUCUCUUCACCAAGACCCAUCAGUGAGCUUGAAGCUGCUGCAACGAAGCUUCAGAAAGUCUAUAAAAGUUACCGUACUAGAAGAAACCUUGCAGACUGUGCGGUGGUGGUGGAGGAACUCUGGUGGAAGGCACUAGACUUUGCUGCCCUUAAACGGAGUUCUGUAUCCUUCUUUGAUGUCGCGAAACAAGAAACUGCAGUGUCACGGUGGGCAAGAGCAAGGACAAGAGCAGCUAAGGUUGGAAAAGGCUUGUCCAAGGAUGAGAAGGCACAAAAACUGGCCCUGCAACAUUGGCUUGAAGCUAUUGAUCCACGUCAUCGAUAUGGUCACAAUCUGCACCUCUAUUAUGAUGUCUGGUUUGAAAGCCAAAGUACCCAACCGUUUUUCUACUGGUUGGAUGUUGGAGAGGGCAGAGAAGUAAAUCUUGAGAAAUGUCCAAGGUCCACUCUUCAACGCCAAUGCAUUAAGUAUCUUGGACCAAAAGAAAGGCAAGAACAUGAAGUUAUUGUUGAAGGAGGCAAGCUGAUGUAUAAACAGAAUGGAAGCCUUCUAGAUACUGAUGAUAAAUCCAAAUGGAUAUUUGUUCUGAGCCCCACAAGGUCUUUGUAUGUGGGACGAAAGCAAAAGGGUUUGUUUCAGCAUUCUAGCUUCCUGGCUGGAGCUGCAACCACAGCAGCAGGAAGAUUAGUGGCUCAUGAGGGUAUCCUUGAGGCUAUUUGGCCCUAUAGCGGGCACUACCUCCCCACAGAAGAGAACUUCAAAGAAUUCAUUAGCUUUCUUGAGGAGCACAAUGUAGACCUCUCCACCGUUAAGAGGUGUGCAAUUGAUGAUGAUGCUCCUUCAUUCACUGAAAAUAAUGAAGCAAAACGAGCAAAGGGUCCCACUUCACAACCAGACAUCACAAUUGAUGUCAAAGACAAUAAUGGUAAAGAGAUAGACAUUAUUGGUUUCACAACAGACAAUAAAGAGGAUGCUAAAGAGGUUGUUGUUGAAGAUGGGGAUGGCGAGAAGGUUGAAGAAAAGGCCCCAGCGUUUGACGUGUCCAAGAGGUUGUCUCGCAAGUGGUCAACUGGCGCCGGGCCUAGGAUUGGGUGUGUGCGUGAAUAUCCUGCUCACCUGCAGUCAAGAGCAUUGGAACAAGUUAAUUUGUCACCAAGGCCCAAUUCUGCACGCCCAAGCAACUACGGCCCAGUUCCUUCACCAAGGCCCAGCCCAAAAUUCAGGAUGUCCCCUAGUAUUGCUUACAUGGGACUCCCAAGUCCAAGGACCCCUAUAGCAGUAGUAAGUUAAAGGCCAUAGACUUAUAGGGAUUAGGGUCCUUCAGAAUAAAUAGAGGCCUCUGAACCCUACAAAAUGACCAAAGAUGGGUCAGAAGAAAAGGAAGGGUUCAUGGAAAGGGCAGAGUAUUUAACCAUAAAUGCCCCCUGUUUUAUUUAUUUAUUUAUUUUUUCAUGAAUUUGUUCGUAUCUUUAUUCGUUGAAAUAUUUGGAUAUCUAGGCUUCAUUGAUAUGUUUCACCCAAUUUUGCUCCUUCCUUUCUUUAGGAAGGCGAUUACCAAUUGUAUUUUAUGUGAGCUGUGGCAAAAAGUUAUGUUUUUUUUUCCCCUCUUAGUAUCAGAGAAACAGUUCAUAAGUUUAUUAUUUAAGUUAAAUGUACUUGAAUUAUUAA